CGUCGAACUUGGCAGUCUCAACUUGAAAGGCCGAUUGGAUCUGUCCGAAAUUCCACCAGCUUCUCCACCACCUUCGAUAUGGCGCCCACCGGGACCGACGAUCAUCAUGCUCCUGUCGCUCCGGAGAAGGAUCCGUCUCCCGAACAUGCUGCUGCUCACGGAGAUGGGACGGCCGAAACGUCCCGUGACCAAACGGGCAUCAAAGACAUCGAAGAGGGCAGUCGCGCAUAUCGACCUGGUGGAUUCCAUCCGGUUUACAUUGGAGACGUGUACGCCAGUCGAUACAAGAUUUUGAACAAGAUCGGAUACGGGGCCUACUCGACUGUUUGGUUGGUCAGGGACCUGUCUAAGCCUGAUGAUGAUGAGCACAAAUUCCGCGCUCUCAAGGUGCUCAGUGCUGAGGCUUACAGCCCCGACAAGCCCAUCUUUGAGAGGGAGAUCCUCACUCAUCUACGCGACGGAGACCGUCGUCAGCUCGGCUACCGCUACGUUUGCCACCUCGUUGACGAUUUUGAGCACAAUGGCCCCAACGGUACCCACGUCUGCCUUGUGUUUGAGCUCAUGGGGGAAACGCUGCGAAGCUUCGGCGCCUGGUUCAAAGAAAGCAUGAUCCCGUACCCGGUCAUGCGCAGGUUCGCCAUCCAGCUGCUCCUGGCCCUUGAUUUUGCUCAUGAGCAUAACGUCAUCCACACAGAUAUCAAGCCGGAUAAUAUCUUUGUCAAGUUCCGGGAUCCUUCCCUCAUCGAGUCAAAGUACCUCGCUAGCGUCCCCGUUCCACAGCAGAACAAAGCGGAAGAGAGGUAUUCUCCGAUCCCGUCCCGGCCACUCCGCUACUUCUACUUCAAUGAGGAAGACUCGCGGCGCGUCGUCGAAUUUGACAUUGCCCUGGGAGACUGGGGUGUCUCGAGCUGGAUCACGCAUCACCUAACCGAGCGCAUCCAGCCAGUGGCUCUCCGGGCCCCCGAGGUCCUGAUCGGGGCCCCCUGGGACCAGAGUACUGACUUGUGGAACCUCGGUGCUCUGCUUCUCGAGCUCUACCGCGCUGUGCGCAUGUUUGACGGCAGAGUCCCCCCCGACGGACAUUACGAAGUCAAGCAACACAUAGCCGAAAUCGUGGACCUUUUUGGGCCGUUUCCGAAAGAGCUGCUGGAAAAGGGGAACCAGGAAAUCGUCAAAGACAUCUUUGAUGAGGACGGAAAGCCCAGGGGCUUUCAGCCACUGGGCCGAGUUUGAUUCCUUUCUCAGGACUAUGAUGAAGAUCAAUCCUGCGGAACGCCCCUCAACGGAGGACCUGUUGAGGCACCCUUGGUUGGCCGCGAUGCGGUAAGCCCCGAGUCAAAAUUCGGACAGAAAGGGUGGGUCUUGGGGGUCUUGGGAA